CCAGCAGGCGCUGCGACCCGGUCAUCUUUGAGGCCGUUGGAAGCGGUUUUCGGGUUUGGGGGCGCUGCAGCGAUGUGGUUCGAGAUUCUUCCCGGGUUAGCCAUCAUGGGCGUGUGCAUCUGCAUCCCUGGAGUGGCCACGGCGUACAUCCAUCGGUUCUCGAAUGGGGGCAAGGAAAAAAGAAUCGCUUAUUUUCCAUACCAAUGGCAAAUGAUGGAAAGAGAUAGGCGUGUCUCUGGAGUGAACCGUUACUACGCAUCAAAGGGUUUGGAGAACAUUGAUUAAGGAAGACUUCUUACUCCGUGCAAAGUGACUUCUCCAUGCGAAGCGACUUCUAUUCAUCCACUCCUGCUAGAAGUAUUGUAGA